ACUCGGUGAUCAUGCGAAGAAUUCGCUGUUGAUGUGGUUGUAACGCGUUCUAUCAUUUUCGAACUUAAUUGUUUUUCAACGUCAGUUCUCCGUUGUCUCUCAUCCUGCAGAACUGCUUCCACAUUGUUUACUUUAGGUUGAGAACUGAGAUAUUGUCGUAUAAUUUGUGACGUCAGAAGACAGUCAUUUAAUUAAAAGUACUUUAAAUUCAAUAGAUCCUAUUCUUUGUGGAAUAGUCCUUGGUAUACAUUCCUCUAUCUCUCUCUAUUAUAUUCUUUUGUCUUCAAUGAUAUCAAAAUUUUCCGUACAAAUUUGUAGUAAAUUUAAGCUAAUAUGACAGGAGUGCCUAAGUGCAUGAAAUAAAAUUCUUAUUUUUGAGUUCUGUGAUGGCACUAUGACAUUUAUAUUGUUGACAAAUUGAAAAGAUAAGUAAAUUGACUAUUGGGAAUGCCAGCAUUGCAAAGUUAUUUAAAAUGAUAUAUUUUAAAAAUUAUUAUACAAAAACAAAAUUGUUUAGUGAGUUAUUAACAGCGCAUUAAUUCUACUCUACUUGGAACAAAGAAAAUUACAAUUCAAAAAUUAAUAUGGUGAGAAUACGGGGACUAACGAGAACCACUAGGAUAGUAGCUCUUUGCAGCUUUGCAAAUUUCAUUAAUAGCGCCGAUAGAGUAAUAAUGCCCAUAGCAAUGGUGCAAAUGACUGAUAUUUUUCACUGGACGUUACAUACUCAAGGUUGGAUUUUGUCAGCAUUUGCAUUUGGUUAUUUUACUAGUCAGUUACUAGGAAGUUUCUGGGCCACCCAAGUAGGUGCUAAGAAUGUAUUAAUAUGCAGUGUCUUACUUUGGAGCAUCGCAACAUUUAUGACCCCGUUUUUAGCAGGCAGUAUAAUAUCUUUAUUGGCUUGUAGAAUCAUACUGGGAUUUGCAGAAGGUUUAGGUCUCCCAACUAUAUUCCAUUUAUUUGCUCAUACUAUACCAGUAGAAGAAAGAUCAAGGGCAUUUUCUUACCUACUAGCUUCUGGAUCUGUGGGACAAACUGUUGCUUCGGUGGUGUGUCCACAUUUAUCAUGGGAAGCAUGCUUUUAUUGGUUUGGUUCACUUGGUUUCCUGUGGAUUCUUCUUUGGUACUGUUUUUAUCCGGAAGACGCAUACAGUACGGAAGACUCUCUACCUUUACACAUGCCAAAGGUUAUAUCCCAUACAAUUAGAUGGGCUGAUUUUAUAUUUAGUAAACCAUUAUGGGCUAUAUAUACCGCACAUUUUGCAAUGAAUUGGUCCUCUUAUAUCAUCAUGCAAUGGCUACCAACAUAUUUAUCUCGAUAUUUAGGUGCUAAUGCUCAUAGUUUAAGUUUGACUGCCGUACCUUAUAUUAUAAACUCUAUAUUCGGUGUGAUAAGUGGACAUAUAGCCGAUGGUCUGCUAGGUAAUAAAAAUUGGUCUGUUUUAAACGUAAGAAGACUCAUGACAAGUAUAGGAUUAAUAGGACCAGCGUUAUUUUUGGCAAUUUUUUGUGUAGUGGACCAUUUAGCGUUUGCUCUUAUUCUUGUCAGUAUAUCGAUGGGAUUGUCCGCAAGUAAUUCAGCUGGGCAUUUGAGUAACCACGUGGAUAUCGCACCUAAUUAUGCGGGAACUACUUUUGCUAUAAGUAAUACAAUUGCAACUAUUCCCGGGAUUCUAUGCGGGCCAGUUACCGCUAGUUUAGUGACGUAUUCGAAUGGAAAGUGGAUGUCUGUAUUCCUUGGUGCUACGUUCAUCAAUCUUACCGGUGCUUUUAUAUAUUUUACAAAUAGUGUUGCCACUCAGGUACUUUAAAUUGUAUCUAGAUUGUAUAAAAUGUAUUUAUUUAGGUUUAAGGAGAGAAUAAAUAUUGUUCCUAGAAAUUA